AUGGUGAACACUUAUCAAACAUUUGUCAUACAUUGGAAUCAAACAACAUUUAUGCCGUAUCAAGACGGUUCAUUAGUUUUUGAAGUUCGUCUGGGUGAUGUUAUGGAUUUGAUAUGUCCAUUCUAUGACGAACAACAAUCUUAUAUGACAAGUGAAUUAGAACAAUAUGAUAUCUAUCGAGUAUCCGAAAAUGAAUAUCAAACUUGUACGAUUAAUCAAUAUAACAACGAUCCUCUCACCCGUCGUAUUAUAACAUGUAAUAGUCCAUAUGAUGUGAUGAAAUAUACGCUGAAUUUUCGUUCGUAUUUGCCUAUUCCCAACGGAUUUGAAUUUCGUCCGAAUCAAACAUAUUAUUUCGUCUCAACAUCAUUGAGUCAUUCACAAUGUAAUCGACUGAAAAUUUUUGUACAUGAUUAUCAUCGUGUAUCAAUGUCGACGAGUACAUCAUCAUCUUCAUCAUUUCUUUCUAAUCCAGAAUAUAAACCUCUAUCUUUUCCUCAUUAUUCUCAUCAUCGACAUGAUUCAUCUUCAUCGGCUGUACAUAAACAUGACCAACGUCCUUUUCUCCACGCGAUCAAAGCUCAACGUCACAGUGAUCCAUAUUCGAUCAAAUGGAUCACAGAAGGACCCUAUCGAGAUACAGAUAAGUCUUAUGGGACACGAAAUAUCGUUGAAACAUCCGUUUCGCCACCAAAUAUGCUUAGUCUCGCAUUGAGCUCUUCGGCAAGAAAGAUCUCCAUAUCAGGUUCUCUUCUAUGUUUUCUAUUUCUUCUAAGAUAA